AUGAAUGAUCUGAGCUUUGUGGAAAAUUAUCGACCAAAAAAGAAAGAGAUCAAACAUCUCAGAAUUCUGCUUCUUGGACCAACUGGUGCCGGCAAGUCCAGUUUCAUCAACUCUGUCAGCAGCUGUUUACGAGGCAAAAUUAACAGUAACAGAGCUUUCACAGAUGCCACCUCCGGGAACAGCUUCACCACAAAAUUCAAAACUCACAAAAUCAAGAAUGAAAACUCAGCCAGCUUUUAUCCCUUUGUUUUCAAUGACACCAUGGGUCUUGAGCCAGAAAAUGAUCAUGGAGUCCACGUGGAAGACAUCAAACUGGUGAUGAAAGGACACGUGAGAGAAAAUUACACGUUUAAUCAUAAAUCCCCAUUGUCUGAGGGUAAUAAACGUUACAACCCAAACCCCACCCUAGACGACAAAGUUCAUGUUCUGGUUUUUGUCGUUGACGCUGGGAAAGUAUCUUUAAUGCAAGAAGACGUUGUGAAGAAAAUGAAGGACAUACGACAGGCAGCCUGUGACUUGGAGAUUCCUCAAGUGGCAAUUCUAACAAAAAUUGAUGAAGCCUGUCCUAAGACUAAAGAAAACAUACAAGAUGUCUAUGAAAGCAAGCAUCUGAAGGAAAAGGUUGACAUGUUCAGCCAGCAGGUGGGCCUCCCACAGAGCUGCAUCUUCCUUGUGAAGAACUACAGUUCAGAAACCUACACAAAUGACUACAUUGACACAAUGAUGCUGAACACACUGGGACACAUAAUAAACUAUGGAGAAGACUUUCUCAAUAACCUGCAGCAAAACUGA